UCCACAGUAUUAGUGAACAGUUGUUUCGAGUGGCUGGCAGUUGAUCGGCGCUUACUGUCGAUACUUUGAUAGUCGAUUCAUCGCGGUCGGGUGAACAUGUCAAUAGUCGUGGUUAAUUAAAUCAUUAAUAGCGGUAAUUUUUCUGAAACUAAAAAAAAACCAGAGCAUUGACUAGAAAGAAUCGGACAAUCAAUUUAAUCUGUGAAUUCAUAAUUUCUUCGGCCUUAAUCCUACGUCAAAUCUGAAGUGUCAAAAAUGUUUUUGUAGGUUAUAUUUACCAAAUAAAUAACUAGUGUUUUCAAAUUGCAAAACUACGUUCUAAUAAGAUAGAUACGUGUCCACCUCCACAAAAAUGAUUCGUGAAUUGUGAAUGGUUAAGUGUACCAAGUUUCAAGUAGUUUACUUGCACUUCCUGUAACAGUUUCCUCUAUGUUGUAACAAAAUAUUAUAAUAUUGUACUAAAUUAAAUUUAGACUGAAAUCGAACUGAAAUAAUUUUAGGAAUGAACUUGAUAAACCUUUGAAAAGAAAGUAAUGCUACUAGUGUAUCCAAUACAAGCUAUGGGUCUAUUGUUUUUGGUAAAUCAAUGAAGGAUAUUUCUGACGAAAUUAUGUUGUGUUUCGUACAAGCCGCUCGUGAUCGUGAUAAUCGUGAUGUUUAUAACAAAAAUAUCGAUACCGAAAACGAAAAUACAAAGGGCAAAAGUAAAACAAGUAUUAAGCGGGCUGCAGUAGUGAAUAACUUGUCUGAAGUGAUCGACAGUGAGGUUGAAUUAAGGGACAGACCGCUAAGCAAGGGCAGGUCCUUAAGGCUGUCGUCUGGUGAAAAGAUCCUCAAAAAAAUUCCUGACGUCAAACGGAGUUUUAGCGACCGAUUCUCAGUCAUAUCAGACACUAGUGGAAAGAAGCCUGGAAAAGGAUUAUUGACCAUAAGAAAAACAUGGUCAACCGGGAACUUCUCGCCGGGUGCGGGUGGCGGGGGAGGGGCGCCUCGCUCCGCCCCCGCCACCCCGCUUCAGCUUGAGCCUCAAACCAGGGCCACUAAACAUGAUAAACAUGUAGUGAAGCCACUGUCGGGCUCUGCGCCGUCGGUGCGAGUGGACACAGCAGGCUCGGAUGAUACGACGGAGUGCAAGCAGCCCAGCAAGUCGAGGCAGAAGAAGUUCCAGCGGCACUUCCCGCAGGUCGGGCCUGAGGAACGGGUGCUUAACUAUUAUUCCUGUGCACUGGUAGGCGACAUACUUCUGCAAGGGCAUUUAUAUAUAACGAAGAAUUAUUUCGCAUUUUAUUCCAAUGUAUUUGGAUAUGUGACUAAAUUAUUAAUACCGACGUCGUCCGUUCUUCGGAUAACGAAGGAGAAGGUCGCGCGAAUUAUCCCUAAUGCGGUAGGGGUGUGCACGAGAGAUGAGAGACACGUGUUUGGCUCCUUGCUCUCGAGGGACGCCACCUACAAGUUGAUGACCCUGGUCUGGAAGUCGUCCAAGGCUCCGGAGCUUGCGGUACCGAAAUCACAGGAUCUGAGAACGCCGGAAGUAUCGGAGUAUUCCCCAGAGGACGACAGCAGUUCCGGCGGUGCUGACCAUGUCGACUCUACGCAGCCAGCCCGACCGGAGCCCGAGGCCAUUAUGGCAGCCGCGAGUGCCGCAGUGAUUCAACCAGCGCUUCUGACGGGCACAACAGUCCUGAAACGCGACACGUCGUAUUGGCACAUGGCCCUCCUGGCGUUGGCGGCUUUACUCGCCUGCUCAGCGAUGUUCCUCUCAUAUAGGCUUUAUUGCGUCACGUAUAGACCCCACGAGUGGGCUACGAGCGUGUCCAGUGAAGAGUUGUACUCGGAGUUGGUCAGAUGGCGCACUCGUCUCCAUGGACGAGCUGCUAACGAGCUACACGCCUUCCUCUCUACCAAUCUGCUGCUGCUUACUAAGGUGCGACAGUCUUUGGAAGCUCUUUCGGGUGUGAUACUAACAGAUAUGGCAGAGCAAGGCCACAGAUACGCGGACGUGCCCAAUGACACGCUCUUCAGUUAGCGUAGACCAGUGACUGACACGUGAUAUUCAGUGAUAUUAGUUCGUGAAGCUGCUGAUACCUCUAUUCCUCCCUAGAUGGCGCUAUAGACAAUUUAUUGGGUUGCACCUAACAAAAGUAAUAGAAUUAGCUAAAUCUAAAUAUAGUUGAAACAAAUGUGAAAUUGCAAGAUUUCAUAAAUAGUUUUGAUUUUGCAUUUACGUUUGCCACGUAAUGCCGCUUUAUUGUAUAUUUCUUCAUAAAUUCAAUUUUUAGAAAAUCUUAAAUGUGUCUUAAAGUCGUUAAUGUUAACAACAGGCCUAUUGUGGACUUUUUAUUUGAACACUGUUAAUUUAUAUUUUAACUUUUGUAUUAUAUAUUUUUUUGUAUUUGAGGUAUUGGCACUUUUCAGAACAUGUGAUUGUGUUACAUAAGGUUUGUGUUUAAGAAUUUGUUUUCUAAAUGUAUCCAAAGAUCACCAUUAUUUAAUUUGUAUACCAGUCGAUUUCGCCUAAAAGGCUACAACAGCAAGUGUCAGACACGCGCUAUUUUUACUCAUCGAGGGAUGAUCUAUAAAAAUUUCUUAUAUUGUUAUCAGACUUAUUUUCUCUUACAAAUAUCAAAAUGGGAAAUAUUUUUUUCUCAAUCCUUUACAUUGAAUAUAUCAAUAAAAUAAUAUAAAAUCGGGGAUCGGCUGUCUUUAUCUAAAGAAUAAGAUUAAAGUAGGACGGCCUCUAAGGCCGAUAUUUAUAUCUCUAAAUCAAGUUUGAGUUUAGGUUUAAAACUGUCAGCGCUUGACAAUUCCACUCCUAAACUUUGACUCGAAAUAGCAAUUGCCGAUAAAUAAAGAAUAGCGCCAUCUGGUUGCUAAAGAAAGUUUUAUAGCUUUUAAGCUGAAAUAUAUUAAAUUGUACAAUAUUAAUAACUCUCAUUGCAUAUAAAAACGUAAAAUAAUACAGUAUUUAAAACUAUAUUUUUCAAUUUUAUAUUAAUGGUUGUAUUUUCCAUUAAAUAAUUUAAGUAGUUUCAGUAAUUGGGUAUGCAUAAUUUAAAAUCGGUGCUAGAAAUUAUAAAUACUAACAUUCCUUAAUUGUAUUCAUUCCUUUUGUUAGCCUUAUUUUGACGAAUUAAUUUAACCCUAGAACAAUUGCCUUCUUGCUCACAACACCCAAGGGUGAAAGAGAUGGCAAUAUAAGUUUCAGAGGUACCAUAAUCUGUGUCCAAAAUAUUUGUGACGUCAAUUUUAAGACAACCAAAGUAAACUUUUACCGAAUUCGUUAUGUUUAUUUAAUUAAGAUUUAAAUAUUGCAUGAGAAUAGCUGUGUACAUUUAUAUUUUAACACAGAUUACUGAUAACACAGAAAAAGUUAUUCUUGCCAGUUAUUCACAUAUAUUUUCAGUAAUAUAUUUAGUUUGUUGUAAUUUAUUGUUCUAGUCUUUAGUCAAGCUCAAGUCAAUAUGUUUAUGUACUUAUAUUUAGUGAAUUAAUGUGCGAAACUAAAUAUAAAGCGGUUUUUAAUAGUUUCGCAUUUCUAUUAGCGAAGAUAUUAAAUAUAACCUAAUCAAAAAUAUUUUAAGAUUAUUUUCGUUGAUUUUGUUGCGUAUAAAUAUAUAUUUUGUUACGUGUUUUCAAAAGUUGUGUUGUAUGAAAUAAGCAUUUAGAUAAAUUAUUCCAGUUGUUACAUUCAUUUUAAUAAGAUUUUAGUUUAUGUAGAGCUAAAGAACAAGAGUUGUCAGCUGUAUGCUCGAUUGGGGAUUAAAAGUAAAUAUGGUUCACUUUAGAGGGCAACACUGUUACAAAUUCGACUAAAGGACUUGUACCUAUGGUCAAGUAACACAUUAAAAAAAAACUUAAAUUCAAUUUCAUUUAGUCUCAUUUAAUGUUUAAGUUACAAAAUAUAAAUUGUGUACAAAGAAUAUAGUACUGUAUCUUAUGUACAAAUGUUUUAAAGCAAUGUUAAUAAAUUUUUUGACACUUAACAGUGGUGCCAUCUGAUGAGAUUUUAGAUUAAACCCAUUUACGCGGUAAAAUUUAAAUUUUAAACCUGUUUUAAAUGCUUUUCAAUUUCGUUUAUAUUUUACUGCAGCUGUCAAUUCAAGCGCUAACUUUGUAUACAGUUAGCAGAUUAUAACGAGAAUUGUCUAUUUUUAUAUGGUAGGCUCAAUAAAUAACAUAUUAUAUAAUAAAUCUGCUUUAUUUUUAAGUAUAAAACAAUAUCAUGUUAAUGUGACCACUCCGCUACAAUACACCAAGUUACCACUAAUUAGUGCCAAAGUGGUAUAUUUAGCUAGGCUGUGUAUUUUUCCUAUGAAAACUAAUAUUAUUGCCAAAGACACCUAGACUAGUACUGUCAUACUAGCGGGUAGGGUUCAUCUUACACUAGUUGGAACAAUUGUGAAUUAUGGUUGAAUGUACUAAGAAAAUAUUUUCCAAUCAUUGGUUAUGUAUCUUAUGUAAUGUAAUAUAAAUCUAUAUGCGAAAAUGGUAUAAAAAGGACCAUCAAAACAUAGUCGUUAGUACAAUAUAGGAAUGCAUUAAAAUUUGCUAUUCCGACAAAUAUUUGAUAUUACUUUUUCUUGUUUUAAAGUGUAUAUUGGUUAGACUUUUUUUACUAAUUGUUAUGGGUUUAUGUAAAAUUGGUCAUUUGUAUAUAUGAUUUGAAUAGUUUGUUAUCUGAUUGAUGUAAAUAUAGAUAGCGAUUUUAUUGA